AGCCAAGACUUCCUUCCGCGCGUGCGUGUUGUCAUUUCGUGGCAGUAUGGCGGAUUCCGAAGUUUUGGGCUUUGAGCACAUGGGUCUAGACCCACGGCUCCUGCAGGCCAUCGCAGAGCAGGGCUGGGCUCGGCCCACGCUCAUCCAAGAGAAGGCCAUUCCACUGGCGCUGGAGGGGAAGGACCUGCUGGCACGGGCCCGCACCGGUUCAGGGAAGACCGCGGCUUAUGCCAUUCCCCUGUUGCAACAUCUGCUUCAUAGGAAAGCGACAGGACCGGUGAUAGAACAGGCUGUUCGUGGCCUUGUUCUUGUACCCACCAAAGAGUUGGCGCGGCAGGCGCAGACCAUGAUCCGUCAGCUGACAGCAUAUUGUGCCCGGGAUGUUCGUGUGGUUGAUGUGUCGGCUUCAGAGGACUUUGCUUUCCAAAGGCCCUUGCUAAUGGAGAAACCAGAUGUGGUAGUAGGCACACCUUCACGAGUGCUAAGUCAUCUAUUGCAGGGAAACUUGAACUUGCGUGAUUCCUUGGAGCUGCUUGUAAUGGAUGAGGCUGACCUGCUUUUUUCUUUUGGCUUUGAAGAAGAGCUUAAAACCCUUCUUUGUCAUCUGCCUCGGAUAUACCAGGCCUUUCUCAUGUCUGCUACUUUUAAUGAAGAUGUUCAGGCCCUCAAGGAACUUGUAUUGCAUAAUCCGGUAACUCUGAAGUUGCAGGAAUCCCAGCUUCCAGGGCCAGAUCAGCUGCAGCAGUUCCAAGUGGUCUGUGAGACUGAAGAAGAUAAAUUCCUGUUACUCUAUGCCCUGCUAAAGCUAUCUUUGUUGAGGGGCAAGUCCCUACUCUUCGUUAAUACCUUAGAACGUAGUUACCGCCUUCGACUUUUCCUGGAGCAGUUCAGCAUUCCUGCCUGUGUGCUCAAUGGAGAGCUGCCUCUGCGUUCCAGGUGCCACAUCAUCUCACAGUUCAACCAAGGUUUCUACGAUUGUGUCAUUGCAACUGAUGAGGAAGUGCUGGGGGCUCCUGUUAAGGGCAAGCGUCAGGGCCAAGGAUCCAAAGGAGAGAGGUCUGCUGAUACAGAAUCAGGUGUGGCACGUGGCAUUGACUUCCACAAUGUUACGGCUGUGCUCAAUUUUGAUCUCCCGCCUUCCCCUGAGGCCUACAUUCAUCGAGCUGGCAGGACUGCACGAGCCAACAACCCAGGAACAGCUUUGACCUUUGUCCUGCCCACAGAACGCCCCCAACUAAAAGAAAUUGAAGAGGCCCUUGGGGGAGAGAGUGCAGAGUCCAUGUUUCUUCCCUACCAAUUUCGAAUGGAGGAGAUUGAGGGUUUCCGAUACCGUUGCCGGGAUGCCAUGCGUUCUGUGACAAAACAAGCCAUUCGGGAAGCAAGACUGAAGGAAAUCAAAGAGGAACUUCUGCACUCAGAGAAGCUCAAGACUUACUUUGAGGAUAACCCUAGGGACUUACAGCUCUUGCGACAUGACCGGCCCCUGCACCCUGCAGUGGUGAAGCCUCAUCUUGGUCAUGUUCCUGACUAUUUGGUCCCUCCCACACUUCGUGGCAUUGCCCGUCCUCACAGCAGACGGAAGCGGAACAGACCCUUCACCUCUCAUAGGAAAUUGAAGGCUCCAAAAACACAGAACCCCCUUCGAAGCUUCAAGUACACCAGGAAGAAGCCAGGGACCCCUGCCGCUUCGGCCAAGUGCUCCUGAGGUAGUCUGCCCAGUGCUGGGCCUGAGUGCCACACGUUGCUUCCAUCCCUUGGGAGCUGGUUGGCCCUGUGCUAUGAAGUGACUGUUGGACGCAGUGUGGGAUCUGCUAGAGAGACUACGCUCCCAAGGGCCCGAUAGAGAAGGCUGCCAGCCUCUCCUCUUACUGCCUUGGAAGGUUCUGCCUCCUGGUUGCAGCCCGCUCUACCUCCUCCUCUGCCAGCAGGGGUCGCCAUGCAUAGGCUUAGAGAGCUGCAAGGAACCCUCCCCUUCUUCCCCCUCCCCCCACCUGCCCUUGAACUUCACUGAACUAUGGGACUCUGUAAAUGAGUGGAAUGAAAUACACCCUGAUUCUUCAUACUUAAUACUGCAUUGACUCCUGCUUAUACCUAAGCAUCUCUGCUCCCCAAGACUGACAACAAAUUAUGCUCUUCCCCCAACCCUCAGACUCACUGCCCAAGACCACAUGUCCCAGUCUCAGGUGUGGAGCUAUGUUUUCUGGGUCUACACAAAUUUCUUGCCCAUUUUCAGACCUGGGUUUUACUCACACCUGAUUAGGAAGCUGAUUCUCCCAAGAACUAUAUUUCUUAUCAUUCAAGAAUGCUACUCUGUCUUUUGCUACCCAUGGAGAAGUUUCCAUUGCAAUUGAAAUGUGGCAGCCUUAUUGUUCUUAUUUAAGUUUUCUUUAUGAGGGGGGGAAAGUGGUCUUUAUGAAGAACUAGCUUUAGAGUCAGAAUUCAAAUCCCAGCUCGGCCAUUUUAUGAAGGAUUGGCCUUGGCAAGGAAUUUAACUUUUCUGGCUUCAGAUUCCUUCUCUCUAAAACAGGUUGGAUUAGAUGGUCUCCAAGGUCUGGUCUGUCUCUAAAAUCUCUAAAAAUACCUGAGAAUGGAAUGUUUUCUUGGUAAAAGGUCCUCUGCUUGUGCCUCCCAGUAGCAGUAAACCCCCUAGCUCUUUCUCCAGCAAUCUUAAGAGGAGAUGUCAGUUAUGGGGGAAAGCUUCCUUUGGAGAUAAAAAGGGUUAUUCUGUGGGGCAGGGUGCUAUCUCAGUGAUGACUCAGCAAAGCCACCACAGCCACUCACUCAUUACAGAACUAUAUUCUCCUAGGCUUAUCAGGUAUUACAAGGCCCGGUAGGAACUAUUAAGUUAACUUUUAGGAAGAUGGGAACAUGAGGAAAAUGCAUGGAUUAGUGGGGACAGUGACCUAGAAGAUAAAGAUCAGAUUUAGAUACAGUCAGGAAUGAUCAAACUGACAGAGAUAAUCUCAAAGCCUUUGGUCUGUAGAGGUGGUCAAAGUGCCCUGCUUCAAGCUACAUUUCCUAUUAACUUUAUUAUUGGAAGGAAAUAGAAAAAGAUGCCCUGGGGCCUUAGUGGAGACUGAAUAGGACUGAGGCAUAUCCUGAAGAAAGAAUAGAAAGGGCAGCUGGGGACAGCAAUAUUUAUCUAGACUUUGGAAAAGUACAAUUGUGAGGUAGAAGAGGUAAAAGACCUGACCCUUCACAGUGAGUUGACACGAUUUAGUCACACUUAAUUCAAUAAAUAGUUAGUUAUUAAGCAUCUGCAUUAGCUCUUUGUGAACCUCUGAGGUACUUAGGCUGUGGAUUUUAAUAGGACAUUUUCACAGGGCACUAUUGUAAGUGAUGGAAGUACAGAGAUGGAAAUGAGUCCUUUCCCUCAAAGAACUUAGAUUCUUCUGCAGCACUAAAGCAUCCUCCUACAUAAGUAUAUGCAAACUAAUUUCCUGGGGGAGGAAGCCAUGACCACAGAAAAAGGAUUCAGAUUUUGAAAACAGGAUUCUGUUCACUCUCAGAUCUCUGGAUCUUGGGAAGAGAAAUUCAUUCCUUUGGUAAAAAGGAGAUGGGGGUGAGUUUCAGUGGUACUGAAGGGAUAGGGGAGGAUGAUCACCUUCUCUAGUAGGUGUCACCUGAGCUGUGCUUUGGACGGAUCUAAGGAAUCCAAGAGAGCAACAUGUGCAGCCUAUGCAAAGGCAAGGAGACAGAAUGUUGGGUAAAAGGAAGAGUAUGUUGCUAGCAGACUUCUGGGAGGCAGUAAAAAUGGAGUGGGAGUUGCUGCUGCGAACAAGGCUAUUCUUUGUCCUGAGAGCUCACUGUUAGGCCUCUGCCAGGUCAACAUUGAAGACAAAAAUGUUUUGUUGGGUCAGCUAAGUGGCACAGUAGAUAGAGCACCAGCCCUGAAGUCAGGAGGACCUGAGUUCAAAUGUGAUCUCUGACACAACACAAUGUUAUGUUGGGUCAGCUAAGUGGCACAGUAGAUAGAGCACCAGCCCUGAAGUCAGGAGGACCUGAGUUCAAAUGUGAUCUCUGACACAACACUUGCUGGCUGUGUGACCCUGGGCAAGUCACUUGACCCCAACUGCCUCAAAAAAAAAAGGUGCUGAAAAACAGCAAAAAUAUAUAAAAAUGUACAUGCUAAAAUAUUCAUUAUGUGAACUUGUUUUGGUAGCAAAAAACCUGUAACAAAGUUAGGUGCCUAGAGAUUGGAAAAUGGCUUAACAAAUUUAUACAAAUAUACUGGAAAAUUAACUGUGCCUUAAGAAACAACCAUGACUGAAAACCUCCAUAAACUGACAGUAUAGUAAGUAGGAAAACUAGAUGUCACUAGAAAUAGUGACAAUAACAAUUUAAGUGGAGAAAAUAACUAAACCAAAUCUGAUGUGUUAAGUAUAGGCUUAAGUAAUGAAAAAAUGAAUCUCAGAGGAAAAAGUGGCCUUUGCCAAAGCCAAUCGCCAAUCCCUCUGUGUCCAUAUUCCCAAUUCGCUCUAUUUCUUCUCUAAUAGUGAAUCAACAAGCAUUUAUUAGAUGCCUAAUGUGUUAGUCUCACUUUAUUCUCUGGGCCCACUCUGUUGAUUUUCUGGAAAAAAAAAAAUUGAACAUUCUAUCAUUGAGGCUAUUUUAUUUUUUCCUUAGCCAAACUAACCUAUGCUUUUUAUUUUUUAGUAAAUUUAUUUUUAAUACACAUUACUUUAUGAAUUAUGUUGGGAGGGAAAAACCAUGGGGGAGAGAGAAAAAAAGAAGUGAAUGUAGCAUGUAUUAAUUUACAUUCAGUCUCCUUAGUUCUUUUUUUGGAUGCCCAUGGCAUUUUCUGACCAAAGUCUAUUGGAUUUGCUUAAGAACCAAGCCUUUUAUACUUGGUCUUUGAACAUUCUUCUUAUUGUGUACAAUGUAUUCCUGGUUCUGCUUUUUAUUUUUUUUUUAAUAACUUUUUAUUGACGGAACACAUGUGCAUGGGUAAUUUUUUACAUUAUCCCUUGUACUCACUUCUGUUCCAACUUUUUCCCUUCCCUCUCUCCACCCCCUCCCCUAGAUGGCAGGCAGUCUUAUAUAUGUUAAAUAUGUUACAGUGUAUCCUUAAAUACAAUAUGUGUAUUACCGGUUCUGCUUGUUUCGCUCAGCAUCAGUUCGUGUGAAUCUUUCCAGGCCUUUCUAAAAUCAGCUUGUUCAUUUUUUUUAAUAGAACAAUAAUGU